AUGGCCGAGCCACCUGCGAAGCGCGCUCGUCGAGUUGACAGCGCUGCCAUGUGGGAUUCGAAUGAUAACCCGCCGCGUGCAUCAGAAUCGGAGUCAACUCGCGACCGCAGAACUUCACCACCACGAGACGAUCGACGCGACGGCCGAUAUCGCUCACGCUCACGAGAACGAAAUGACAGAAGGCGAGAACGGAGCUGGUCUCGAGAUCGCCGCGACAGAGAUCGAAGGGACGGGGGUAGAGAUGGCCGCGGGGCUCAGGAUCCGAAAAGGAGCAUUAGUCGAGAGCGCGACUAUGACAGACGAGGAACUGGACCAAAAAGUGUCAAGUUCCGCGACCGCUCGCGCUCGCGAUCCCCCGCUCGGAAUGGAACACGGGCUCGCUCACCUCCUCGAGGCCCUAGAAAUGAUCGCAGAGAUCCUAGAUCUCGAGAGGAUUCCCGGAAACCAAAUGGUGCACUGGAAGCAUCUCGCCAUGAAGAUGAGAUGGACAUGGACAUCAACGAGGAUGCAGAUGAAGACGAGAUUGAGGCGCAAAUGCGCAAGGCCAUGGGAUUCACUCGAUUCCGCACUACGAAGAACACCAAGAUUCCUGGAAACGAUAUUUAUGGGGUACGGAAGGAGAAGAAGAUUGAGUACAGACAGUACAUGAACCGCCAGGGCGGUUUCAAUCGGCCGCUCAGUCCUUCGCGAUGA